AAACCGAAUAGCAUCAUCUUCUCGACAUUCGUGGCCCCUUAUGCAUUCGAACGCGCUUCACCUGAGCGCCAUGUGUUCGAUAAAAUGCUGCUUCCUCCUCCGGCGCCUUCGCCGCCCCCGCAUCCACUGUUUCUCCACGGCGGGGGCGAGCACUACACUCCCGCGGAAGAAUUAUGCGGGGGAUCCUCUUUGCGGAGCGGGGCCGCCUCCCGCGCCGGGCACCGGGGACGCGGCGAGAGCCCACGAGGCGGCCGUCAGGCGGCUGGCGGCGGCGGGCGACGUGGAUGGCGUGCAGCUGGCGCUGCAGGAGAUGCGGCUGAGGGGAGUCCCGUGCACCGAGGGUGCCCUCGUCGCCGCCGUCGGCGCCUUCGCUCGCGCGGGGGCGCCCGACCGCGCGCUCAAGACGUUCUACCGCGCCGUGCACGACCUUGGCUGCGCGCGCCCCACCGAGCCGCGGCUCUACAACCACCUCAUCGACGCGCUGCUGCGGGAGAACAUGGUGGGUGCCGUCGUGCUGGUGUACGACAACAUGAGGAAAGACGGUGUGCAUCCUAACGUGUUCACCUACAACCUGCUUGUCAGGGCGCUGUGCCAGAACAACCGGGUCGGGGCCGCGCGCAAAAUGCUCGACGAAAUGGCCAGGAAGGGGUGUCCCCCGGACGACGUGACGUAUGCCACCAUUGUCUCAGUGCUGUGCAAGCUUGACAGGCUGGACGAGGCCACAGAGGUGUUGGCUGCCAUGCCGCCUGUGGCUGCCUCCUACAAUGCCAUCGUUCUAGCUCUCUGCAGAGAGUUCAGGAUGCAGGAGGUGUUCUCAGUUGUCAGCGACAUGGUGGGGAGGGGAUUGCAGCCUAAUGUCAUCACGUACACAACUAUAGUCGAUGCGUUCUGCAAGGCUGGGGAGCUGAGGAUGGCGUGUGCCAUUCUGGCAAGGAUGGUGAUCACCGGGUGCACUCCAAAUGUUGUGACAUUCACUGCAUUAGUCAGAGGACUAUUCGAUGAUGGAAGGGUGCAUGACGCACUAGACAUGUGGAGGUGGAUGGUGGCUGAAGGAUGGGCACCGUCGACGGUUUCGUACAACAUUCUGAUUCGUGGACUUUGCAGCGUUGGUGAUCUCAAGGGAGCAUCAUCGAUACUCAACAGCAUGGAGCAACACGGCUGCUUUCCUAAUGUGAGGACCUACUCCACUCUAAUUGAUGGUUUCUCCAAAGCCGGGGACCUAGGUGGUGCCAUAUCAAUAUGGAAUGACAUGUCAAGAUCUGGUUGCAAGCCAAACGUUGUUGUUUACACAAACAUGGUGGAUGUGUUUUGCAAGAAGCUGAUGUUUAAUCAGGCAAAAAGUCUUAUUGAUAAGAUGCUAUUGGAAAACUGUCCUCCCAACACAGUGACAUUCAACACGUUGAUUAGAAGCCUAUGCGACUGCAGAAGAGUUGGGAGGGCUCUUGGUGUGUUCCACGAGAUGAGAAGGCAUGGAUGCGUGCCAAAUGGUAGGACCUAUAACGAGUUGAUCCAUGGUCUGUUUAGGGAGGGAAACUGUGGAGACGCUCUUCACAUGGUGACCGAGAUGCAAAGUCAUGGUAUUGAGUUGAGCUUAGUAACAUACAACACUGUAGUAAGUGGUCUAUGUCAAACGAGAAUGAGCAGAGAAGCUAUGGUUUUUGUUGGGAAGAUGAUAGUUCAAGGAAUUCAACCAAAUGCAUUCACUUUCAGUGCAAUAAUUCAUGCUUACUGCAAGGAAGGGGAAGUCAGGAUGGCCGCUUGGAUGUUAGGUGCGAUGAAUGUAGUGAACUGCCACCGUAACAUACUAGUGUACACUAUUCUAAUGGCAGAGCUUUGCAAUCAAGAUAAGCUGGUAGAUGCCAUGACGUACCUACUAAAGAUGCUAUAUGAAGGUAUAUAUCCAAAUACAGUGACAUGGAACGUUUUGGUCCGUGGAGUUUUUAGGAACCUUGGCUGCAUUGAACCAAGUGAUUUCAUACAACAUAUUACCAUGAACUUAUCAGAAGGGACCUGAGGUUCAAUGUUGUGAUUAUUUGGCAUCCCAAUGAAGGCAAAGUUGAUAAGCAGCAGAUUCUCUCAGAUCGCUGUUUCUGCAUUAAGUAAUUUAUCUGUAUGGUAUGAUAUAUUCUGUAACGUUAACAUUCUUUUGUCAUCAAUGAUCAGAUGAGUUGAGGUUAUCCAGCUGACCUUGGGGUCUCAUUAGAAGUCAAAAUUGUAAAUUCUGAUUCAUCAUUUCCAUUGCUUGUGAGAUUUGGCACCGUUCUUCUGUGCCUCCAGUUUUUUGUAUACUGUGUCAAUCUCAGACUGCAUGCAAAAAGACUCUGGAUUAGAAAUACUCAAAAGCAACAAGAAAGGCCAAGAAAUCAGUGACUGAAGCGGAUCAAGAGUCUUAAAUGCCUUCCUCACCUGGUAAUAGUUCAGCAUAUUCUUUCUUCUUUUCUUCGUUUUUGCAGUCACCAAAUCCCUUUCAAUGUCAAAAGGUACAGGGUCCAACACUAUGCCUUUGAUGUAUUCAAAACCUCAUAGCUGAUUUGUGGCAUGCAACGAGGGUUACCAUAUAUAGAAUUAUAGAUCCAAAAUACAGUGAAAGUUUGAAACACAAGGAGUCUACAAAACUAAGCUUAUUCCCUCUUUGUGUUUCUUAUACAAAACAAAAAACACAUUCAAUAAUACAUUAUGAUACUUUAAGUUGAA